CUUAUUUUGUCCAAACACAAUUGCACAGUUAAAAAAUACGAGAUUUUCCCUCACACUUCCUAUUUCCUUACAAUAGUAAUGUAGAUGUACGCCUUCAACUCCUGUUUGGUAAGAAAAACUCGGCAACAACACGGGUGGGGCGAAAGCAGAAAGCGCUAAGCUGUGAAGCAAACUAUUGCUAAAUCUUAUGCAGGAAAGGGAAAUUGAAAAACACAGUAAGGCCACCUGCGCACAUUGAAAGGAUAACUUCUAUACAGCAAUAAUGUUUAAUUUAUUCAUCAUGAAAUAUGUAUGUUUUCUUAGAAACAAUUGCAAUGUUACAAACCUAAAGCAAUGACAACAAUCACAUAUGCAAAACUUAUUUCAUCCUAAUCUUCCGGUAUAUAAACAAACCACAAACGAAAAAUAGUUUAAGCAAACGGCUUUAGUGCGCUGUAUUCACAGAACAAUCUCUUUUUCGCGAAAUAAAAGAAAUGGAUUAUAAUCACCUUAAGAGUCCUGGUGCACACAGUAGGUGUUAACGGAAAAAUACGCAUUCACAGGCUCAUAAUUUAAGUACCAAAACCGUUCAGCGCAUAAAGAAUAUCAGAACAAAAGAAGAGGGGAAGAAAAUACCAUCUGGUGGAAGAAACGUCAAAAUCAGCAGGCACGCUUUUCCUAAUUUUCUUUUUUGAAAUGUAUUUUCCAUUUGACGAAAAAGAUUCGUUGACGGUGUAGAGUAAAACCUAACCGAAAUUUGAAGCAUUGCAAUGAGUUAUAACUGCAAAGUCGAAGAUUCUUCCGAUAUCAAUUCAAACAACGAAUACAGAGGUGGAAGUAAAACCCGACAACUUAUCAAGGAAUUCAGCGGUUACACAACUUUGCAUGGUUUUCACUUCUUGGUUGAUUCAUACUCCGUAACUCGUCGAGUGGUGUGGACUUGUUUUAUUGUAAUCUCUUUAGGCUUUCUUUUAUAUCAGCUUGUAAACGGGAUAAAGAACUAUAAUGACCGGGGAAUCAUUAUGAGUAGAAGUGUUGAAGAGCCAAACGAAGUUGACUUUCCAGCCGUAACCAUCUGCAACCAGAACAUAAUGAAAAAAAGCCUGAUCAUAGGCACUGACGCACAGAGAUAUCUCGACGAGAUGAAUUACAUCAAAGCAGAUUUGGGAUUAGUUAAUUCCACAAACGAGAGACUGGAUGCGGAGGAUUUUGUCCGGAAAUAUGGCCAUACGUUAGGUGAGAUGAUGUACGGGUGUGAAUUCAAAGAUCGAAGAUGCACAGCCCAAGAUUUCAUUGUUUCCACUUCAUUUAUGCGCGGCCUUUGCUACACCUUCAACUCUGGUCGCGAUAAUUCAUCAGUACGGCGCAUCGCUACACCUGGGAGACUUGAAUCGCUGAUACUUCGGCUAAACGCUCAGCCAGAGGAGUAUUACGGGGCGUACAGCUACGAGAAUGUCGGGUUUGUUUUAGCUGUCCAUGACCAGGCCGAACCUCCUGAUAUGGAACUGAAUGCUUACGACAUCCCACCAGGCUUCACAACUAAUCUAAGGAUCAGAAGAUUCAAGGGGAACUCUUUGCCUGAGCCUUAUCCAACAAAGUGCGGGAGCAGAAACCUGUCUCUUUACAAGCGCUACUCGAGGAAAGCUUGCAUACAAGAGUGCUAUGCCAGACUAAUAAUAACACAUUGCGGCUGCAGAUUGUUAGGCAUGCCACCAAUGAAAGAUGUCAUCGAAGCGCCAUUCUGUACUUCGAAAGAAUACCUUGAUUGCAAGCUAAUGAUGCCAGUACUUCUCAAGCCUUCCAAGUGCGACUGCCCCAAACGCUGCCAGCAUACUCACUACAGUGUUCAGCCUUCUCUUGCUUACUACCCUUCAAAAUCAGUCAUCAAGGAGCUUUUACCAUCUCUGAAUAUGACUGAGGUCAACUCCACCACGGAAAGGAUCAAUGAGGUUAACCGAAUCAUAAGAGAAGGCAACGCUAUCAUCAGAGUGUUUUACGAGACGCUGCGGACGGAAAUCAUCAAAGAAAAACCUCAAUACACCUUAGCAACUUUGACCAGUGACAUGGGCGGUUCUAUGGGGCUAUUUCUCGGUUGCAGUGUUCUCACGAUUUGCGAGUUCAUUGAUCUGUUCAUUCAGAUAUGUCUCGAGCGACGGAAACGAAACGAGGUGAUAAAUUAGAAGUAGUAAGGUUAAUGAGUGUAACAGAGGUAAAAAACUUGUUCCAAAUAUCGUGAGAUUUAGUCUAAUAGCAUGCUCUUGCGCUCUCUUGAGGAGAAAUUUGUUUGUAAAAUGCUGCUUUUUAAGUGGUGCUUUUAAACACGAACGCGCACUAUAUAAGGGUCUUGCCUUAGGCAACCUGUAAUUCUUUAUUUGACUUCACUGAGUGCAGUGCUCCCUAGAGAGAAGCCAGAAAGUAAAACAGAGCUCAAGAUUGGCCGAAAACACGCGGUUGAAGUUAAGACAGUCUAUUUAUUAGCCUUUUCUAAAAAAAAACGGAAAAUGACGGAGAAUUAUAGGUUUUGAUGUGAUGAAUUUUGCAAUUUGUUUUUUUGUCCGAGCGCGCACCUGAAUGACGCCAUUUCAAAUGAGCGCCCGUACGCUUUUCUGAAUUUUAUUUUUUCAAUUCAAACGAGCGCGAGCUUUGUUUGAUUUCUCAAUCACAAUUUUGUUCUUAUUUUUGUAGAAUCUACUCCAAAUACUUUUCCGAAUAUGCCUUUUAAUAUUUUUUUUGCGCAAGAGAUUGCGAAAAAGAGGGCGGAGAAAAAGUAGAAAAGGAAUAAGAAAAAAUAAAUAAAUUUAAGGUAACUCGAAAGAAAUGCCAAGCUAACCCAUAUGAAGCGCGCCUAGGCCAAGAAGCCUUUUUUUAUGUUUCUCGCAUAAUGCGAGAAUAUUGCGAUCAAGGAAAACUUCCUUGGGACGCAAGCGCAAGCGGUAGCGCAACACAAGUGAGAAUCGGUCAAACACAAGCGCAACAGAAGUGAGAAUCUGUCAAACACAAGCGCAACACAAGUGAGAAUCGGCCAAACACAAACGCAACAACACAAGUGAGAAUCUGCCAAACACAAGUGCAUGCGAAUGAAAAUCAAGGAGUUUUGUUCUGUUUUGCUUGCUCUUGCGUCCAAGUGAGAACCAGCCUUAAGGCCUACCAAAAUGUGCAGGCAUUUUUGCACGAUACCGCAGCUAUUACAGAAGGACAGGUUGUUAAGUGUUCACAGUACGAUAUCUGAAACGUCGUGCGCACUUGUGUAACAGCAAAAAAGCCUGCUUUGCCUAGAAGAGCUUGGGCUAGCUUGGAAUUUCGAGGUACCUUACAUAGACUUAAACGUUGUAGUUAACUCUCUCUAAAUGUGGAGUGAGAGGACCAGUGAAUUCCCUGGACUAGGCGGAGUAUGUUGGUAUAGUUCCCUGAACUAGGCAGAGCAUGUUCGUAUAGUUCCCUGGACUAGGCAGAGCAUGUUGGUAUAGUUCCCUGGACCAGGCAGAGUAUGUUGGUAUAGUUCCCUGGACUAGGCGGAGCAUGUUGGUAUAGUUCCCUGGACUAGGCAGAGCAUGUUGAUAUAGUUCCCUGGACUAGGCGGAGUAUGUUGGUAUAGUUCCCUGGACUAGGCAGAGCAUGUUCGUAUAGUUCCCUGGACUAGGCAGAGCAUGUUGGUAUAGUUCCCUGGACCAGGCAGAGUAUGUUGGUAUAGUUCCCUGGACUAGGCGGAGCAUGUUGGUAUAGUUCCCUGGACUAGGCAGAGCAUGUUGGUAUAGUUCCCUGGACUAGGCGGAGUAUGUUGGUAUAGUUCCCUGGACUAGGCAGAGCAUGUUGGUAUAGUUCCCUGGACUAGGCAGAGCAUGUUAGUAUAGUUCCCUGGACUAGGCAGAGCAUGUUGGUAUAGUUCCCUGGACUAGGCAGAGCAUGUUGGUAUAGUUCCCUGGACUAGGCAGAGUAUGUUGGUAUAGUUCCCUGGACUAGGCAGAGCAUGUUGGUAUAGUUCCCUGGACUAGGCAGAGCAUGUUGGUAUAGUUCUCUGGACUAGGCAGAGCAUGUUGGUAUAGUUCCCUGGACUAGGCAGGGUAUGUUGGUAUAGUUCCCUGGACUAGGCAGAGCAUGUUGGUAUAGUUGCCUGGACUAGGCAGAGCAUGUUAGUAUAGUUCCCGUCAAGUUGUUGCUGCUGUUGUGACGCGAGGGCCCAGGUCUCGGCCCCGUAGAGAAGGAUGGGUUCAACAACAGUUUUAAAUAGGCAAAGUUUCAGGUUGAUGUUAAGUUCUUAACGCUAGUUCCUGUCAAGGGAAUUGCAGGCUAAUCCUGUAGAACCCCGGCCGACGCCCCGUUAGGUCUCGCAACCUGACCUUCCCUGUCACUAUAUCAAGGGACACGGGGAUCCCGCAGCAGGACCUGCUAUCUGCCAUGGCCGAUCGCCAAGUUUGGCAAACUGUUGUGCGAGACAUCUCGGUCGAGGCCGUAGGAUAAUGAUGAUGAUGAUUUGGAUAGCAUUUUGGGGGUUAUAUUUCCUUAAAAUUUUUAUUUAAAAUCAUAAAAAAUAAAAUGUUUAAAUAACAGUUACUGGUGCCCUUAUCCUGUUACUCGUGAUAUAGCUUGUGUGACAGGUAUGUAAAUGCGUCAAUUAAUGCAUUAUCCCUUGUCAAUUAUACAAUACACCGUGAAAACGGUCUAUUGUACUAAUGUACUUCCUUUUAUAGCUUGCGUGACAGGUUACUGGGUUAUCUAAUUUUCUGUUACCAAUGGAAUGUUAUUGUACAAAUUUUUUGUGUUGCAUAACACUUAUGUAGAUACUAUUGUUUUUCGUCUGCUUAUUAAACUACUAUUAAUAAUG